CCAAUAUACUUUUCUCCUACUAUAGUUCACAAAGUUUGAAGUCCAACAACAUUCCACCAUAUUCAUUUCAUUUUUUUUUCCCAUCAAACUCUACUUUUUUCAUCUUCAUUUCCAUCAAAACUGUUUGUUUGUUCUUCUUGAAGCUCAAAUACUCAACUAUGGCAGCUUCUCAAGCUCAGUUAGAAAAGAUGCAGCUUCGUCAAAACUACCGUAACGUUUGGCAUACUAAUCUCAUGAGCACCAUCACUGCUGACACACCAUAUUGCUGUUUUUCGUUAUUCUGUGGACCUUGUGUAUCCUACUUGCUUCGAAAGCGAGCUCUGUACAAUGAUAUGUCAAGGUAUACUUGUUGUGCUGGAUACAUGCCCUGCAGUGGAAAAUGUGGUGAAAGUAAAUGUCCUGAAUUAUGCCUCUGCACAGAGGUGUUCUUAUGUUUUGGGAAUUCGGUUGCAUCGACUCGCUUUCUAUUGCAAGAUGAAUUUGACAUCCAAACAACACAAUGCGAUAACUGCAUCAUUGGAUUCAUGUUUUGCCUUCAACAACUUGCGUGUAUUUGCUCCAUCGUUGCUUGUCUUGUUGGAAAUGAUGAACUUAGUGAUGCUUCUCAGGCUCUCAAUUGCUUAGCCGACGUGGUUUACUGCUCGGUUUGUGCAUGUAUGCAGACACAACACAAGGUUGAAAUGGACAAGCGAGAUGGUAAAUUUGGACCACGCCCAAUGUCUGUUCCGCCUGCUCAGCAAAUGUCAAGGUUUGAUCAGCCAUAUCCUCCCAAUGUUGGAUACGGACACGCUGGUUACCCACCAGGGCCGCCUCCUCCUGCUCCGCAAGCUCAAGGCUACCCACCAGCCGCCUAUCCACCACAAGGCUAUCCAGCUUCAGGUUACCAGAGGUGAUGUGUCAUUCUUGAAUGGCAGGUAAUUAACCAGAAGAAAACACAUACUUUUUCAUUUGAACUUAUUGAUUACUGAGACUAAUUUUUUCGGUGUGCUGUGGAUAUGAUUAAGAUUGCAUAUGUUUGAAUACUUUUUUACGUUUGGAACAUUGUUUGUAAAUAAAACUUUCAUUUUUGUAGACACAUGGGUUACAAUGUGAAAAUAUAUAUCUUGUUAAAUAAAAGGAUGGUUAGUAUA